GACAAAAAUGCCGUCGUCUAAUUUAGAUGCACCUCCAUUAAUGAGAAAAUUAUUAAUUGGACAAUUAUUUCAUAAUACUAAUAAAUUACCAAUAUACAAUUCCAUUCGACAAAUAUGGGAAAUAAAUUUCCUGGACAAUAACAAUAAUAGUGUACUAAAAACAUUAUCCUGGUGUAUGCUCUGGUUACAAGGCAGAAUCACUAAACAUUAUCAGUCAACUACUACUACUACUACUACCAUUACUACUACUAAUAAUAGUAAUAAUUUCAUAUUGGAUGAUGGGACAGGUGAAUUAUUAAUUAUAUAUGAAUUAGAUAAAAAUCAACCAAUUAAUUAUAAAGUAAAUAUUGGAGAUUAUGUUGCUGUGAUUGGUAAAUUAGUUCAACCUAAUAAUGAUGAUAAAGAUCAACUUUUAAAUUGUUGGCAUAUUCUAGCUAAAAGUGUUACACAUUUAACUGAUCAAAUAAUACAACAAGAUAAAUGUGAAUUAUUUACGUCGUCGUCAUCAUCAUCACAAAAAGUCAUGUCGAAUUCAUCAUUUUAUGAAUUAUCUUGGCCAUUAGAAGUUAUAGAUAUGACAUAUUCUGUAUAAUUUUCAACAAAAAAAUAAAACCGAAUAUGUUUGUAAA